UGGACCGAUUCUAGUCCAUAAUAAAAUAUAAAUAAGGAAAUAAAGCGUUUGGACUAAUAUAAUUAAAGUUGUUGAAAUCAUGUGUCGUGUCGCAGAGUGAAUUAUGAAAUUUCCACGUCGAUGUAAAGUGAGAUGAUUUGAGGUUCAGUUUCAUUUUUUGUUUCAACGUUUAAAUCAUGCUGACCAAAUACAGCUCAAAAGCACUCAUAUCUUUUGGAUUGGCAUUCAUUGCAAUGUGGAUUUGUGACGCCCAAACGAAUCACAACUAUACAACGAAGCCCCGAGUGGUUCUUCCGCCUAAUUAUGUCAAGGAAAUGCGGCCUCCCUCUAAAAAGGGAUCUCCAGUGAUAGUAGAUUUUAGUAUAUUUGUUGUAGAUAUUAAUUCAAUAAAUGUAGAAGACAUGGAUUUCAGAGUUGAUUUGUUUAUACAUCAGCGUUGGAUGGAAUCCCGGCUGGAAAUUUCUGAUGACAUAUUUGAGGAGGGUGACGAUUAUGUCACAUUACUUCCCGAGUUUUUUGACAAUCUUUGGCAACCGGAUCCAUACUUUUUAAAUUCUAAAAUCGCGGGAUUUGGAAGUCCAUAUGUUCCGUCGACUUCUAUGCUACGCAAUAAGGAUGAAAAAGAAUCUAAAAACUUUCAUCUAGACAAAACUUUAAAAAUAGCUACCCUGACGCACAAGUUUACGUCAGUCACCAUCUAUAAAAAUAAAACUGUGCGAUACGCAGCGCGUAUGCAUGCAAUAAUCGCCUGUCAGAUGGAGUUCCAGUUAUAUCCCAUGGAUAUUCAAGUGUGUCCCAUAUAUAUUGAAAGUUUUUCGUCGAAUAAUCAGAAAGUGAAGCUGCGAUGGUCUGAUCCGGGAGUAACACUCAAUCCUGAGUUGAAAUUACUGCAGUACAAUCUUGGCCAGCCGCUGGAGCUAGAGGAAAGUGAUGGCUAUAUGCCCGAGAAGGUUGGCAAUUUUUCACGACUUACAGUGUACUUCCGGUUCGAGCGUCAGAUUGGACAUCACCUGAUCCAGACGUUUGCACCUUCCUCUCUGGUGGUCAUGCUUUCGUGGUUCAGCUUUUGGCUAGGCCUUGACGCGAUUCCGGGGCGCGUUACUUUGCUCGUUACCUGUAUGCUUACACUGGUGACAAUGUUCACGGGGCUACGGGCCGACAUACCACCAGUUGCAUAUGUCAAGGCUCUUGACCUCUGGAUGGCUGGAUGCAUGGUAUCUGUAUUUGCUGCUCUGGCUGAAUUUGUAGUUGUCAAAGUUUUAGACGUACAAUACCAGUACCAACUGAAUAGGAUCCCAAAGAUACUGCCAAUGCGCAUUAGCAAUAUGGAGAAAGGUCAAUGUGCAACUGUGGCAAACUGGGAAGGGGGUGCCGUGCGGUCACGAAAGGCCACACAAACUCCAACCACGCCAGGUCAGACAUCACUACAAGGAAAUGGGGGACCUCCAAAGCCAGCGCGUCGCCAAAGUCUUUUAUCAGUGGCAUGGACAGACACAGAUACGGGCGUUGAAAAAAUAAUGUGGCGUGAAAUUGAUAAGGUAUCAAGAGCUGUGUUUCCGAUAUUGUUCUUUGUGUUUGUUCUUCUAUAUUGGCCCAUAUUGCUUAUGAAGUCAUCCUAGGACUUAGGGAGUUCCAGAAUUCACCUUUCUGGGCUCCGUUAAAAGUUAACUACAACAUAAUUCAAACUACCAUAUCUUCGCCUAUAUGUAACCGUAUCUUAAUUUGCUUACAAAAACUCGUUACGAUACUGCAGCAUUAAGUUACCAAUUGAUCUUAAGCAACCCAUUUACACACGUAAUAUCUAGGUAGCCGAUAUAAACAUGCAACGAAACCUACAGUUGCUAUACACAUAACCAAAUGAAAAGGAAAUUAAUAUUGGUUUGCAAGUGCUCCUAAAUAUAAUAUAA